GCAAGAGCAGAAGUUCGUAUACUGAUGGCAAGAUAUACAAACAAGGUCAUGCCUUCAGUGUAUUCAGCCCUGAAAGAUCAAAACAACGAGUGCAUCCCUGAUCUUCUCAACGCUCACGAGAAACACGUUGAGGCACCACUUAAACAACUCAACAGUCCAUUCUUCGGAGGUCAAUCCCUCAAUGCAAUGGACAUCCACAUAUGGCCGUUUCUUGAAGUGAUGGAUGCCAAGGCAUCAGUCGGUGAUAUCACCAUACCUGCCACUCGAUUUCCAACAAUGAUUUCCUACAUCGAGCGCAUGAAGGAGGUACCAGCUGUGAAAGAGGUGAUGCACACGUUGGACGAUUUUAAAGGAUUCUGGGAAACGUGGAAAACUCCCGGACCACCAGACUACAACUACCACUCCAAGUACCCGUUCUAUACAGCGGAUGAGGAGAUACUCUAGA